GUUCUUUCAAAGUGGUGUGGGUGUGGAUGGUGAUUCUGAUUCAAAGCUUGGAUGCAGCACAUGCACCAAAAACCGCCGGUUUUUCAUGCAAGCCAAAAGAGCAGACAGCCCUCACCAAAAGUCUAGUUAAAGACUGCUUGACAAGUUUUGAUGCAGCCAAUGGGAAGCACCUUGGCACUUGGUCCCCAGGCUUCCCUGAGCUCGAGGUCAACGAGACCUCUACUCUCAAUUGGUCAAAAGUUCAGUGCAGCCUCUCCUUCAUGGCUCAGGGCCUAGAGGAAGUCCUGGAGGACCAGGUGAAACACCUGAAUACCGAAGAUGUUUCACUUCACAAGAAGCUCAGGGACACCAUCACCAGGGUCAGAAGCCUCACAGUGUGCGUGAAGAAAAUUUUCGGAGGGGAAUGCUCCCCAAAACCACCUCCACCAAAGAUGCCCAGGCAUGCGUUUGAUAGGAAGCAGUGGAGUCACACUCUGUUAAAGACAGCCGGAGACUAUCUGGACUGGCUGAAGUCUAAGCUUGGGGAACAACUUUUAAAGGUCAAAGGGCAAAAUAAGAUAAAACCUACAGCUACUGGGGCUACACGUCAGAUGUACUUGGAGGGGAGUGGAUACCUUUUGUAAUUUUUUUUUUCAACACAAGUUCAUCUCAGUUUGUGAUACAGGCAUGAAAACAGUUUUUUUCUGUUCUUAUU